AUGGUAUCCAAAAAUACAAUGUUAGCUAAGCUUAUACUGGCGUUUCUAUAUGUAAAUACAGUUCUAGAUUAUGGGGAGAGCUCAUAUUCUGCAUUAAGUGACUAUCAUCGUAAGAUAAGGUGGAUGGCUUCGAUCAAGGCAUCAUUUAUUUCCCGCAACGGAGCCCCUCCCACACCUCACAGCUUUUCUACAGCUCCGGUUUUGGCAAGUUCGAGGGUUCAUCAUGCAAUUGAGUAUGGAGCUGAUCCUACUGGAAAAUUGGACAGCACUAAUGCCCUUGAGCAAGCUAUUUCGGAUGCUUUUCGGUCUCCAGUUGAAGGCCAGUUGAUACAGGGUGUGGCUGACCUUGGUGGCGCACAGCUUCAUCUUAAUGGAGGGACAUACAAGAUCAGUCGUCCACUUUGCCUACCAAAGACUAGCGGCGGUAACUUUAUGAUACUGGGUGGAUCACUCACUGCAUCACCUGAUUUUCCAACUGAUCGACACUUGAUAGAGCUUUUGCCAUCAUCAGAUUCAUAUUUAUACGAAGAUAUUACACUUAAGGACCUUAUGAUAGACUCCAAUUUCAGGGGUGGUGGCAUUGCCAUAGUUAAUUCUUUAAGAACCGUCAUAGACAAUUGUUACAUCUCACAUUUUAUAACCAAUGGCAUUUUGAUACAAGGUAGCCAUGAGACUUUUGUAAAAAAUACAUUCAUCGGUCAGCAUAUCAAUAUCGGAGGUGAUCAUCGCGAAAAAGAUUUUUCUGGUGUCGGAAUCCUCAUCAAGGGCAACGAUAAUGUAGUCACUGAUGUUGUUGUUUUCUCAGCAUCAAUUGGAAUUAUGAUACAGGGACAGGCCAAUAUGCUCACCGGGGUACACUGUUACAACAAGGCCACUAGAUGGGGUGGCACUGGAAUUUAUAUCCAGGCUCCUGGUUUUACUCAGACCCGAAUCGCCAAUUCGUACUUUGAUUUCACAGGAAUUAUAGCAGAAGACCCUGUGCAACUCCAUGUUACCGGCUCAUUUUUCCUUGGCAAUGCCUUUAUUUUGCUCAAAUCCAUAGUGGGUGUGGCAUUUGGUGUGAACAUUGUUGACAAUAUGUUUUCGGGUGAUUAUACGGGGGUUCCAAUAGUUCAACUGGAUCAAUCAAAUAGUCCAUUCACUACAAUCGAGCAAGUUAUUGUUGAUAGAAAUAAUGCGAGAGGAAUGGAGCUUAAAUCAACAGUUGCCAGGAGGUCUGUAUGGAGCAAUGGGACAACUUGGACCGUUGAUUUCUCGCAGGCCCUAUUGUUUCCUAACUUGAUCAAGCAUGUGCAAUACACGUUGCAAGCAGAGGCAUCAUUUCCCAGCCAUAUUCUAAGGAAUAUAUCAGGAAAUCGAGUCACAGUGGAGUCACUAUGGCCUAUAUCAGCAACAUUGCAUGUAACUGUGGAUCAAAGCACGGUUGCAUAUACAUUAUGA